CACAGAUGUACCUAUUUUUAACACAUAAAGUGGGAGCCUCACACUCCCUUUUCUUCUCACACCUCAUCUUCUGUACUCUACUGAUUGUAUUUUAACUCCAAGUAGUUAAAACAUGAAGAAAUAGCAAUAUUGUGAAUAUACUAAACAUGUUGAAGCAAUCAUCAAGUAGGAAUAUGAGGACAAAAGGGUUCAAAUUAAAGCAUGUUUUUCAAGGAUUUGCAAUGUUUUUGAUAUGUUUGUGGUUGAUUUACCAAGUAAAACAGUCAUACAGCAAGACAAAAGUGGGUGAAAAAUCAUUGAAGGAACAAGAUUUGCAAAAAGCUGUGAAGUUAGGGAGGAAAGAUCUGAAUCCCUUGCUGUUAGAUGAGUUAGCUGCUGAGUUUCAAAAAAACCCAGAUGAAGAUCUUGAAUUGGAAGAAUUAGAUGAAGGGAAAAAAGAUGAGAAUGAUGGAGAUGAUGAGGGUGAUGGAGUUGGAGACCAUGAACAAUUGGAAGAUAUAAUUGAUGAAGAUGCAACAAGUAUAGAUGCAGUUUGAGGGGGGGGAAAUUUUAUAUAGUAAUAGAUAAAUAAUUAUGAAUUAGAGCGUUGAAUUGCCCUUGUUUAGUAUUGUAAUUUUGGGAAAAGCCAAAAUUCUAACUGAUGAAGAUGUAGUAGAGGAGUGUUUUAAGUUCAUGCUAAUGAGUAGUAGUGUUACUAUGAUUUAGACAGACAA